CCACCACUUCCCCCGCUACCAUCCGCCGGGCCGUCCGCGAUGGCAGUCCACAUCCCCAGCUUCGAUCCAGCAAUGCUUCGCAACCUGCCACGAGAUCCGAAAGCACGGAGCUCAAUGCUCGUUGCGCUCUUUACGCUGCUGCUGCUGCGAGGGAGGAUUGGCGAUCUGCCAAAGGGGAUCCUCGCGAGGCUACGGAGUGUGGCAGCGCGCCCGGAGGUCUCCCAGGAGGAGCUCGCGCAGGCACUGCAGCAAGUGUACAUCGACGAGCCUGACGGCUCGAAGACACUACUCGUUCCUUACAAGGGGCGGAUAUCCAAGGUCCCGAUUAAACCUACAUCCCCCGCCGCACUAGCGGACAAUGCGAAACGGUUCCCCCUCGUGCCGACGUCCCACAAGCCCAGUUUGGACAAGACUUUCCUGCGCCAGCUCUUCGCCAUUAUGCGAAUAGCGUUCCCGUCAUGGCACUCCAAGGAGUCCCUCAUUCUUGUCUCACAUUCCUUCUUUCUGGUCUUGCGGACAGUAUUGAGUGUGGGCGUCGCCCGCCUGGACGGUCGCAUCGUGCGCGACCUGGUGAAGGCCGACGGCGUCGGUUUCCUCAAGGGUCUCGGCUUGUGGUUCUUGCUCGCGAUCCCGAGUACAUAUACGAACUCGAUGAUCCGGCACCUGCAAGCGAAGCUCUCGUUGCGCAUGCGGACGCGAUUAACGCGCUAUACAGAUGACCUAUACUUGUCCUCUGCACCCGACCUGCGCUAUUACCGUGUCGCGAUGGAGGCUGGUCUCGACGAUGUCGACCAGUAUAUCACAGGCGACAUCGGCGCGUUCUGUGACGCGCUUUCCGGCAUCUACGGAAAUGUGCUCAAGCCGUCCCUGGACCUCGUGCUGUUCACGUCGCAGCUCUCGCGGUCGCUGGGUAUCCGGGGGACGGCCAUGCUCUUCUUGAAUUACUACCUAACUGCAAAGAUCCUGCGCGCUGUAACGCCCGCGUUUGGUCGCUUGGCUGCUGUGGAGGCGCGACUGGAGGGUGAGUACAGGGCCGGCAUGGGCCGAGUGGGUCGAGAAAGCGAAGAGGUCGCCUUCUAUGGUGGAGGACUGCAAGAGCGCAGCAUCCUCUGGAGAGCAUAUCUCCGCUUGAUCAAGCACGUUAACUCAAUAUACAAGAUUCGUAUUGCAUACGAGUGGACGGAGGACUUUGUCAUCAAGUACCUCUGGAGUGCGGCAGGAUACUGCCUCAUCUCAAUCCCCGUCUUCUUCACCAGGCGGAGACACGUCGGCGUGCAAACGCAAGGCCCCAAGCCUCACGAGGGUGCUGACAACGAGGUUGCAAACCGGACGGAGACAUACAUCUCCUCCCGGCGCCUCCUCCUCUCCCUCGCAGACGCCGGCGGCCGCCUCAUGUACGCCUACAAAGACCUGCUCGAGCUCGCCGGCCUCACCACCCGGCUCUACACGCUCCUCUCCACGCUGCACAACCUCCCGCCCCUGCCCACGCCCCUCCCCGCGCCCGCAGGCAAAGCCGUCGUCGCGCUGCGCAACGUCGACGUCGCGAUCCCGACGACCGCGCCCGCGUUCGCCGCCGCGGACGACGCGUCCGAGAGCGGGUCCGGCAAGGGCUCGGGGACGGUGCUCGUACGCGGGCUGAGUUUCGAGCUCGAGCAGGGCGAGCACCUCAUGAUCACGGGGAGUAAUGGUGUGGGCAAGACGGCGAUUGCGCGCGUGCUGGCGGGGUUGUGGGCGGCGCAGGGCGGGGGCGCGGUGAGUCGGCCGGUGGGGAAGAGCGGUGUGUUUGUGGUGCCGCAGCGCGCGUAUAUGGUCACUGGGACGCUUCUGGACCAGAUCAUCUACCCGGACACAUACCCGCAGUUCGCGGCGUCGGGGAACACGCACAAGGAGCUCAUGGAGAUCCUGACCGCUGUGAACUUGGCGUACUUGCCUGCGCGUGAGGGCGGCUGGACGACGCGCAAGGAGUGGAGGGACGUGCUGAGCGGUGGCGAGAAGCAGAGGAUGGGCAUGGCAAGGGUGUUUUACCACAGGCCGAAGUUCGCUAUCCUGGAUGAGUGCACGAGCGCCGUGUCCAGCGACGUCGAAGGCCGCAUGUACGAGCAUGCCAAGUCGCUCGGGAUCACCCUCAUCACCAUCUCCCUCCGCCCGACGCUUAUGCGCUACCACACGCAGUUGCUCACGAUCCCGGGCGACGGCACCGGGCGGUGGUCGCUCAAGCGCAUCGGCACCGCGGAGGAGCGCAUGGACUUCGACCGCGAGAUCGUGUCGCUCGAGAACCGGCUCGCGGAGGUCGCGCAGUGGGAGACGCGCCUCGGGGAGCUCGAGCGCCUCCUCAGCGCGCAGGAGGCGUAAUGCCCCUGUGUUGUUGCGCACGCGCGUGUGUACAUAGUGUAAAUGCUACAGCAGACUAUAGCGACUACUACUACCUUACAUAUGUUAUGGAUCAUUUACUGAGCGUGCGCUCGUGUAGCUUUUAUACUUGGAUUCGGAUAUGGAUGUUGCUGUGUGGUUAUAUUUAUCUUCGUUGUUUUGCCAUCAUUACUGUUGCUUCCGG